AUGGGGCUCAGGGACAUCGAGAUGACGCUGCCGCCGGGGUUCCGGUUCUACCCGAGCGACGAGGAGCUUGUGUGCCACUACCUCCACAACAAGGUGGCCAACCACCGCUUCGCCGGAGGAGCGGCGGCCCCCGCCGCUGGGGGGACCAUGGUCGAGGUCGAUCUGCACGUCCACGAGCCAUGGGAGCUGCCAGACGUGGCGAAGCUGAGCACGAACGAGUGGUACUUCUUCAGCUUUCGCGACCGCAAGUAUGCGACGGGGCUGCGCACGAACCGCGCCACCAAGACCGGUUACUGGAAGGCCACCGGCAAGGACCGCGUCAUCCGCAACCACAGGUCGUCAUCGUCGUCUUCCAACCGUGCCGCAAUCGUGGGCAUGCGCAAGACCCUCGUCUUCUACCGCGGCCGAGCCCCCAACGGUACCAAGUCCUGCUGGGUCAUGCACGAGUUCCGCAUCGAGAACCCUCACUCCCCACCAAAGGAGGACUGGGUGCUAUGUAGAGUUUUCUACAAGAAAAAGGCCGAGACGGAGUACGCCAUGGACAGAGAGCAGGAGAUCAUUACCGGCAGCGCUACCAUGAAGGGAUAUGACUAUGGCAGCGCGUCCUCGUGCCAAGAUCCGGACUACCACACGCCUCCGGCUUCAUUCCCCUCCCUUGGCGUUGGCGGGCACCAUUACCAGCUACCGCUGUCUUCCCAGGAUCACCACCGGCUCAGCAUCGACGCCUUCUCAAGCAUGCCGCCGCUGCUUAGCUAUGACAGCAUCCUCGAUUUCAACCAGCAACUCGAUGGUGGCAGUGCAGCCACGGUCUCAAGAGAUGGCAGCGGGGAUCAGUGCGGCGGGGUGCUGAUGGACCUAGGGCUGCAGGAGGAGGAGUACAACUACAACAGCCUGAUGUAGAUGUUAAUAUGUGAUGUGGAUCGGUGCUGCAUAAGCUUCUCCUAUUGCGAUCCAUCCCACGGUAGUGUGUAGUAAUUAAUAACUUGGCUUUCAUUAUUCGUUCAUGAUCGAUCUUGUGCAGAUUUAG